AUGUAAUUUCCAAAAACUCAUCUUAAUGACUUUAUUUCAUCAGAUUAUGAUAAAACAUGUGAAUUAGAUGAUUAUACACUUUUUAACAAUGUCUGUUAUAAGUCUUCUUAGGCACAAGUUCCAACUGAAAUCUAAGUUUAAACUAGAAAUUCAGAUUUAUGUUAAUCUUAAGAUUAAUAUUUACAAGCGACUAGAGAGAGUAUAGAAUUAGAAAUAAAUUUCAUAUAGUUAUAGAUCAAUUAAGUCAUAUCAUUAAGAUACUGAAAACUGUUAAAUGUGAAUCUGAAGCUCAAUAAAGAAUUUUCAACAAUGCGAACAGAUAAUUCUUAAUUCUUUUAAAAGGCUUAUAAAUAGUUAAUGAACUUUUAUCUAAUUGUAAAGAACAAGAAAGUAAAAUCCUCUUGGAACUUAAACAAAGUAUUAAUUUAUGUUCAUUUAGAUUAUGUUUAAGAGAGAUCAAUUAAAGCAAUAAAAGCUGAUGAUGUGAAUAUCAGAAUGUUAUAGGUGCCAUACAAUUAUUUAUAGACAGACUUUUUACCAAAGAUGUAAUAAAAUUUAAAAUCACAUGAAUAACAUAUGUUUGCUUCUAAAAGUUUAACAGAUGAAAUAAAGGUAUUUGGAACUGAAAUUCUUAUGUUAAACUUAAUUAUGCCUUCUGCUAUUGAUACAGAUAAAAAUGAUAUCAUGUCUUUAAAUAGUACACAUCCUGUUUGGAAGAAACUUGAAUGUAUUACAACUAGAAAAGUAUGAUUAUUAUUAUAUAUAUAAAUAAGUCUUUAGGAGACCCAGAAUAAAUUAGACAAUCUUUUGAUAAAUUUGUAUAAUCAGUUAUGGUUGGACAUGCAUUAGUUAAUGAUUGUAAAAAGAAUACAAGCAAAUGGGGUAAAAUAGUAUCUGUAAGUUUGAAUUCAAUGUAUUAUUUCUUCUCAAGAUCAGCUGCAGAAAAAGGAAUGAAAGAUCAUAUGAGUUAAUUAAAAGCUGAUACUGCCUAUUAAGCAAUGAAUUUUAUUGAACUACCAGGUGUUAAACAUUUGAUUAAUUUGGGAUUACCUAAAAUUGCAACAAAUUUAAAAUUUUACAUUUUACCAGUUGUUUUACCACUUACAAUUUAAGAAGCUAAUAAUUAGAUUCGACAAGGAGUUUAUGAUCAAAUAUCAAAUCAACCAAUUGAGUAUGUAAAUUAAGAAAUUCACAGAGAUGAUAAAUUUUUAUUUAUUAAAAAUUAAGCUAGAAUUCGAAUCAGAUUAUUGUACAAUUAGCAUGUUGUGGAAUAAGAUAAUAUAUUUAGUUUUUUAAAAUCCUUUUUUGUUUAAAAAAAUAAUGCUUUUGAAGAUAAGAUUAUAAUUCAUAUUCAUGGAGGUGGUUUUAUUUCAUAAUCAUCAUCAAGUCACUAAUGUUACACAAGGGAAUGGUCAAUCAAUUUAAAUGUUCCAAUCUUUUCUAUAGAUUACAGUUUAGCUCCAUAAUAUCCUUAUCCAAUACCUUUAGAUGACUGUUGGUAAGCAUAUAAUUGGAUUUUAAAUUAUUCUGAAAAAAUCUUUGGAAUCAUUCCCAAUAAAAUUAUUGUUACUGGUGAUAGUGCUGGUGGUAAUUUAGCUACUGCUUUAGUUGGAUUAACUAUUAAGUAUAAAUAGUAAAUUCCUAAUGGAUUAAUUUUAAAUUAUCCUGCUGUUGAUAUUAGAUUCUAAUAUACUCCUAGUUAUUUAAAAUCCAUUAAUGAUAAAAUUCUUAGUCAUACCAUUUUAGGAAUUUGUAUUGAAUCUUAUUCAGCUCAUCCUGAUUCUUAAUUGGGACUUGAUCCAUUCAUGAGUCCAUUAUUAUUAUCAUAUGAUAUUUUAAAAUAUUUCCCACCUACUAGGUUAUUUUGUGGAGAUUAAGAUCCUUUAUAUGAUUAAGUUUUUAGACUUGCUCAAAGAUUAUAGUAACAUUAUUAAUUAAUCAUUUAGAGUAGUACAGAAAGAUGUAAAAAUUACUAUCUAUGAGAAUUUAUCUCAUGGUUAUUUAAAUUAUAAUACAAUUAAAGGAAUGUCAGAAAUUAAAUAAUGUAUAUUAGAUAAUUAAGAUGCAUUUCUUGAAUUAUUAAAUUGA